GUACGGCAUCGUCGUCGUGGCCUGUCAUCGUUCGUCCUGGUGGUAGUAGUCUCACCGUCUGCAAUGCGUCCAGUCAAUUUGUUUUUCGCGUCCGUUGUCCUUUUGGCCUGUCAUGUGUCCGCCUUCGGCCACCAUAAGUUGAUCCGACUCAUCCUGGCGAAGAGCAUCAUGAAAACCCCGCUCCACAUCCCGUUGCCUCUACCGAUCCCAAUUGUGGCCCACAAGAAGAAGCACCAUACCCACGUCCAUGAGUUGCACAAGUUCCACGGCCAUCAUCACGGACACCACCAUGGGCACCAUGGACAUCACGAUUUCCUCGAUCACCAUCACGACCAUCACGACCAUCUCGAUCACCACGGUCACCACCACCACGAGGCGAUGUUCUCGGAGCCCAUAGGAUUCGGGCAUGGUCUCAAGGGUCAUUUUGGAGACGUUGAUUUCGGAGGUAAUCACGAUCUUGAGGCCCCUAUCGAAGACUUCGGUCAUAACGACUUCGGGCACGAUGCUCCCAUUCUCGAUCAUGGCCUGAGUGCCGACUUCGGUGGCGACGCCGGUCACGGCAAACUCGAUAUGGGCUUGGAUGCGCCUCUCGAUGCGGCCGACUCCAUAUCUCAUCUUCCCGCAGAUUUCGGACAUUUCGGAGGAGGUCAUGGCGAUCUCCUCGACGCGGCAUCCCUGAAGAAACAUUAGUGGGAGGAAUUUUCGUGGAAAAAAGAAAUUGUGUCUCGUCGUGCGUGAGGACUCUGAGGAAAGUUCAAGCAAGUUUGCAAACAAUCCGGCGUCGGUCGCAGGACUUCUGGUCGCCGGAAACUUCCCUGGAGGAGGAAAUUAUUUAUGUGUGUGCUCAGUGCUCAGUAAUGUUAGUAAUGUUUGUCUGGAAAUCGUUCCCAUCGAAUAAAUGUGUCCUUA